GUUUCAUAUAUACAAACAGUAAGUAUCAUCUAAUCCCUGGCUCUAACCAUCCAUGGAUACAUCGGAAAAGACGCAAAAUUUUCGUAACCAGUAUUAUCCUUCAGCACGCCAACAUUUUCAUCUAUCAAAACAUAUCACAAAAGAGAUUUCUAAAAGCAGGAGUUAUGCAGCAUGUCUUAUAGAAGCCCACUUCUGCGAGCCAUUGCUUACGUAGACUUUCUUAGUUCUUCUCACUGCCUAUUUCUCCUUCUUAGCAUCCUUCUUUUCGGCACCCCCAGCUUCCUUAGCCAACUCUUCGUUAGUCUUCAAUGAAGACUUUAUUUUUUCGUUCUCUAAUUCCAGGAUAAACCAAGUUACCGUACCCCACAAGCAAAAGCUGAUAGCCAACAAAUUGUAGAAAUGGAUGGAUCCGCUGAGGUAGAUCAACAUGAUAAGCGAGAGCACAAGGAGAACAAACGAGCCGUGCGUGGCCUUGAUUAAAGCAGGGGUAGUUCCCGGGGUGAAAACAGAUUCCCAGAGUUCAGUAAUGAAAGUAGCCAUUGUAGUUAGGUGUACGAAGCAAGAGUAAAG